AUGCCACGAUGGGACGCGGUAGCAGCAGGCCUUCUUGCCGGAUGCGCAAGACCAAAGUCGUUGCCAGACUUCUGUCAGCGGAGUCGCCUGAUAAUCACGACUUUAGCUGCAGGGAACCCGACAUCCUCAAUCAGCCCAUUUAUAGGCCUUGGUCAAAUCGUCCAGGAGCGCGGGGAAAGGAGAUUCAGGCGCGAGCCCGUAAUCAGGAAUCAGAGAAUGGGCGUCCGCAGCACUAGCAAGAUGCUCGGUCAGUUUCUGAUGGCUACUGGAGACCCGGCUUGGAACGACCCGCCGUGA